GUGGUGUAAAGCUACAUGGGCUGAGUCUGCAUUCCCUGAUAAAUGCAGCCAUAGUUGUGUUUGGCCCUCUUUUGUUUUAUUUAUGUUGUUCUCUUUUUCCCUGACAUGAAAUGACAAACAAUUCCUCCUCCUCCUCCUCCUCCUCCUCUUCUUCUUCUUCUUCUUCUUCUUCUGAUUCUUCUGAGAAAAGAAACUCCAAGGCCCAAGAGCUUUCACAGAGAUGAGAAGUAGAGGUGAAAGAUAGCAGAUGUUAACUCCUAGCUGAUGAUCGAGUUUUCAAUGUUGUCCGGUGUGUUCCGUUUCUUGAUCAUCAACGCCUAAGUUGCACAGAGACAUGACUUUCUGAAGAAGACUCAUAUAAGAAGAAAAAGGAAAAGAAAACCUGUCGGCAAUGAAUGGAUUCGUCCCGGAAAGAUCGACACCCUGGAAUGUGUACGAUGGCCCCCACUCUAGCACUUCACCGCCAGCGGAACUCGACACCGAAGCUCCGUGGAAGAGCCUCGGAGCAUCCAUCAACGCAAUCUCUUUUGGCUUCGUGGCCACAGCCAUUCUGGUAGCGAUGUUUCUCAUCAUGGCCAUCUUCGAGCAUCUAUUCAGACCGACAACUCCCUCUCCGUCUUCAUCAUCUGAAGAACAUCAUGUGGGCGAGGUUUCACCGGAAGCCGGACAACUUCAGAAGCUUGUGAACCAAGACCAGCCCAUGAUGACAACAUCCAAUGCUUCAGAUUACACAGUAUUAAUGCCUGGAGAGUUCCACCCCACCCACAUUGCCCAACCAUCUCCUUUACCCUGUCCAAGAGAAGGCAUUUGUUGGCCUCCCCAUGAAAUAUAAUUUUUGGUUGCCCUAAACUGGUACUCCCAUUCUCUCUUGUAUGUAUCUUCUGGGAACUCUUUCUUUAAGCCCCAUCUCGGCAUAUUAUUCGCGGAUCCAACCUCCGGUGAUUGUGCGUUGCGUCUUGUGGGUUAUGUUAAUGAGCGGGAAACCGGCGCUUGUUUAGCGUAAUUUAGAAGGAAAUCUACAGCUUUUUGCUUGUGAUUUUUUAGCUCUUUAGAAGUUUCAGAAGAUCAAUUCAUGGUGUGCAAUGCCCUUUGGGAGAUCUGAUAAUCCCAAUUCAACUGCAACAGUGUUUCCACAGAGUAACAACAUUUGAAAAAUGUGACUUGGAAACAGUGCUUUGCAGACAGAUCAAGAUUAUUAACCAAGUCAUAAAAGCAAUGAUUGGACAUGCA